GUUUUCACACGGAAGAUUACUAAUGCCGCUGUGGCGUGUUGGGGGUGGUCACGUGUGUUUUAAAAAGUUUAUGCGCACGGAAGAGAAGAAAGCAGACGAGGUGAUCGUGGCGAGUCUCUGCUGCUACACGCUUUGAUACAUCCUCCAUCACCAGACACGGCUCUGUUGUAGCACCCAUUAGCUUUGGGUGUCGUUAUCUGCCUGUGUUAGGCCGGGAACGGUCUGGUCCCGCUUUCGCACGAGAACUGCACCGCAUCACUCCUUAGUAACGACUCUUUUCAGUUUGAAUCAAGCAGUUUUGAAUCAAAAAGUGUCACUACAAUGGUUUUCUUCACCUGCAACGGCUGCGGUGAGUCCCUGAAAAAAGCUCAGGUAGAUAAACAUGUGACCAUGUGCCGAGGUUGCCAGGUCCUGUCCUGCAUCGACUGUGGAAAAGACUUCUGGGGUAAUGACUACAAGAACCACGUUAAGUGUAUCAGUGAAGAUCAGAAGUAUGGAGGCAAAGGCUACGAGGCUAAGGCAAACAAGGGAGAUGUGAAACAGCAGCAGUGGAUCCAGAGGGUCCAUGAAGCUAUGAACAAACCUGGAGUCAGUGCAAAGCUCAAGGAUGUGCUCAGACAAGUCAGUACGUACGAUAACGUCCCAAGAAAGAAGGCCAAGUUUCAGAACUGGAUGAGAAACAGUCUUAAAAUAGCAAACACCAGCCUUCAUGAUGAAGUGUGGGACAUCCUUGCUGCAGCUGACAGUACUCCUGAGGCUCCCCAGGAGACCAAAGAAGCUAAAAAGACAGUGGCUGAAGUCAAAGUGGAUACUAAUGAGAAUGAGCAGAAGCAGAAUGGCGGUCCAGAUGUCGAGAAGAAGAAGAAGAAACUGAAUAAACAGGAGCGUAAAGAGGCCCGUCAGCAGAAGAAUGGCAAGGCUGUGAAAGGUGCCGAAAAAACAGUUGCACAGGAGCCAGAAGAAGACCAUGCGGGCAAAAAGAAAAAAAAGGACAGAAAGAGGAAGCACAGCUCUGAGGAAGAUGGAGAUGAAGAGCAGAAUGGGCAUGAUGCAGAAAAUGAGACAUCUAGCAAGAAAAAAAAGACAACUGCAGAGGAGCCCGAAGAGACAGAGGAGACAGAGGAUCAAGCGGUUCCCAAAGGCAAAUUCAACUGGAAGGGAAAUAUCAAGGCAGUACUGAGAGAAUCACCUGAUCAGGAACUGCCAGUGAAGAAACUCAGGAAGAAGAUUUUGGCAGCAUACUACUCUUUCACAGGAGAUGCAAAUUUUAAAACAGAGGAGGAUGUGCUAGCACUUUUCAACAAGAAGAUAAACAACAAUCCCAAAUUUAAAGUUUUGAAAGACAGAGUUCGACUUGUAAAGUAGAUCUGUUAAUCUCACCCGUCUGGCAUGAAUUGUAUGUUGUUCGUAGUCUUUUAAAAUGUAAAAAAACCAUUGUUGUCUGUCAUCCUCCAUUGGGUGUUUUUAUACAGGUGACAUAAGAUUACAUUUAUAAAUUAAAUUAAUUUUAUUACUGAA